GUAGUCCAAGGCCAGAAACGCCCGGAUGUGGAGAAGGCGCGCGUAGCCGUUGGCCUGCAGGAACGCGCCGCGCAGACACCUGGGAGGCACCGUCCGCGCGGGAGUACGCGUGCGCAGACGCCCGGCCGGCGACUGAAGGUAGUCUUCAGCUCUCACGGAUUGGGGGCUGGGAAAGGAAUGAGAAGUCAGAAGUCAGAGACAAGAAGAGGCUAACAUGACUGAUACCACUAUAAUUUAGUAACUGCCUCUUUUCUAAAGAGGAGCCCAAAGGAGGAACUGGUCGUCUAUUUCAUAUCUCCAAACCAUGGCUCAGAAUGCCUGAAACUGGAUAAUUUAUGAAGAACAAAAAUAAAUUUUCUCACAAUUCUGGAGGCUGGGAGGUCCAAGAUGAAGAUACAGGCAGGUUUGUGUGUCUGGGAUCAGUGUCAUUCAACGAUGUGACUGUGGACUUCACUCAGGAGGAGUGGCAGCAUCUGGAUCAUGCUCAGAAGACUCUCUAUAUGGAUGUGAUGUUGGAAAACUAUUGCCACCUCAUCUCUGUAGGGUGUCACAUGACCAAACCUGAUGUGAUCCUCAAGUUGGAACGAGGAGAAGAGCCAUGGACAUCAUUUGCAGGUCAUACCCGCUUGGAAGAAAACUGGAAAGCUGAAGACUUUUUAGUAAAAUUCAGGGAACACCGAGAGAAGUAUUCUAGAUCAGAUGUAAGCAUCAACCACAAAAAACUGGUGAAGGAGAAAAACAAAAUAUGUGAAAAGACAUUUACUCUAGGCAAAAGCCCUGUUAAUUCCAAAAUUCUACCUCCUGAAUAUGAUACUCAUGGAAGGAUUUUGAAAAACGUUUCAGAAUUAAUUAUCAGUAAUCUAAAUCCUGCAAGAAAGAGACUUAGUGAGUAUAAUGGAUAUGGGAAAUCACUCCUCAGUACUAAACAAGAGACAACUCAUCCUGAAGUCAAAUCCCAUAAUCAGAGUGGCAGAGCUUUCAGUCAUAAUGAAGUUCUUAUGCAGUAUCAGAAAACGGAAACUCCAGCACAGUCAUUUGGAUAUAAUGACUGUGAGAAAUCAUUCCUUAAAAGGGGGGGCCUGAUUACACAUAAUAGACCUUACAGAGGAGAAAAUCCAUCUGUAUAUAAUAAGAAGAGAAGAGCAACCAAUAUUGAAAAAAAACAUACAUGCAAUGAAUGUGGGAAAUCCUUCUGCAGGAAAUCAGUAUUGAUUCUGCAUCAGGGAAUUCACUCAGAAGAAAAACCCUAUCAAUGUCAUCAAUGUGGAAAUGCAUUUAGAAGGAAAUCAUAUCUUAUUGAUCAUCAGAGAACUCACACAGGAGAGAAACCUUUUGUUUGCAAUGAAUGUGGUAAGUCCUUCCGCCUAAAGACAGCCCUCACUGACCAUCAGAGAACACACACAGGGGAGAAAUCAUACGAAUGUCUGCAAUGUAGGAAUGCCUUCAGAUUGAAGUCACACCUGAUUCGACAUCAGAGAACUCACACAGGAGAGAAACCAUAUGAGUGUAAUGACUGUGGGAAGUCCUUCCGCCAAAAGACAACACUCUCUUUACAUCAGAGAAUUCAUACAGGAGAGAAACCCUACAUUUGUAAAGAAUGUGGGAAAUCCUUUCACCAGAAGGCAAAUCUUACUGUACACCAGAGAACCCAUACAGGAGAAAAGCCCUAUAUUUGUAAUGAAUGUGGGAAAUCCUUCUCCCAGAAGACAACUCUUGCUCUUCAUGAGAAAACUCAUAAUGAAGAGAAACCCUAUAUUUGUAGUGAAUGUGGAAAGUCCUUCCGCCAGAAGACAACCCUUGUAGCACAUCAAAGAACACAUACAGGGGAGAAAUCUUAUGAAUGUCCUCACUGUGGGAAGGCCUUUAGAAUGAAGUCAUACCUCAUUGAUCAUCACCGAACUCACACAGGAGAGAAACCGUAUGAAUGUAAUGAAUGUGGUAAGUCAUUCAGUCAAAAGACAAAUCUCAAUCUACAUCAGAGAAUUCAUACGGGGGAGAAACCCUAUAUUUGUAAUGAAUGUGGGAAGUCUUUUCGCCAGAAAGCAACCCUCACUGUACAUCAGAAGAUACAUACAGGGCAGAAAUCCUAUGAAUGUCCUCAGUGUGGGAAAGCCUUUAGCAGGAAGUCAUAUCUCAUUCAUCAUCAAAGAACUCAUACAGGAGAGAAACCAUAUAAAUGUAGUGAAUGUGGAAAGUGCUUCCGCCAGAAGACAAAUCUCAUUGUACAUCAGAGAACUCACACAGGCGAGAAACCGUAUGUUUGUAAUGAGUGUGGUAAGUCUUUCAGUUAUAAGAGAAACCUCAUUGUCCAUCAAAGAACUCACAAGGGAGAAAAUAUUGAAAUGCAAUAAAUGAGGUGGUUUCUUACAUUAAUUCUUUCCAAGUUAUUGUAAACCUUUAGUUAUAAAAAGAAAAGCAUGCUGAAAGAUGUUAAUGUAAUUUAAAAUCACAAGUCUAAUAAUAGUUAUUAACUUAAAGUACCAUAAUGAAUAACUAUCUACUAUUUACUAGCAUAUAAAAUGGGUGUCAUCAUUAUUGAACUCUAUUAGCUAUGAAGCUAAAUUUUAAAGUCUUCAACUGCUCCUCCUACUGACUCAAAUAGUUUAUUUUUUAAAAAUACUUAUUUAAUACAUGCAGAGAUAAGAUACAAAAUGAUUAUAAGCAUUAAUCUCCAUAAGAAAAUAUUUAUGAACAUAUUUCUCAUUGCACUCUGUAAUAAAAAGCAGUUAGUUGUUACUUACCUAAGAGUUAUCAUUUCUGUAGCCUAUAACUUCAAAAAGUAGUUUUUGCAUGUUUUCAAUUUUAUAUAUAUAUAUAUAUAUUUUAUCAUACAUCAUGAAUUCUUUUGUGUCUUGCUUAUUUCACUCAGUUUUUAAGAUUUGUACAUUAUUGCAUGUGGCAGUAGUGUAUUUUCAUUUUGCAUACUAUUCCAUUUUAAGAAUAUAUUGCUAUUUAUCCUAUUGAUGGAUAGUUGUAUUUUUUAUAAUUUUGUGUAAUAAUAAAAAUACUGCUGUAAA